AGAGGAGAAGAGAGGAGAGGAGAGGAGAAGAGGGGAUCGAUGAGGAGAGCGGCGACUCCGCGGGCACUCGGGAACGGACCGAUGGACCGCUUCCCGGCUGCAAGGCUGGCGAAGGGCGGGCGGUGCCUUAGGAUCCCGGCCAGGUCGCUCCCCAUCGCCGGCGAGUUCGUGGCUCUUGGGCUGACGCCCUUCGCGUCCAGGUGCGACGUCAAGCGCGCGUACAAGCGCCUCGCGUUGAAGUAUCAUCCGGACGUGGUGAGAGGGGACAACGGGGGCGGAGAGAAGGACGAGACGUUUAGGGAGAUCAAGUCGGCUUACGAGAGCCUCAUGGCCAAGUUUGAGGAAGAGAGCAACUCGGACGUGGUGGAUGGCUAUGGUGACGAGUGGGAUGAGUGGGACGAAUGGAUGGGAUUUGAAGGAGGGUUUCCUGUGGUGUGCAAUCCUUCGUAGCUCUUGAUUUGAAGCUGCUGCUGUUGCUGCCAUCUUAGUGAUGCAAUUUACAGAUGGUCGAGUUCAUGUUCGGCAUUUGCAGAAUAGUGUAAUGUCUUGGAUUCUGUUUUGUGAUGGAGUUAUCUUUGUCUGACACAGUCAAUCGGGUCAAACCAUCCCGUUUAUAUGUGAUAUAUCUAUUGAUAAUAAAACAAUGUUUUAUCGUUUUACGAUUGAUAAAUAA